CCAGGGCCCUCCGGAAUCUUAGUGUCCUCAGGCCCCGGGCCGGCGACAGCUGCUCUUUUCUUUCGGCCUCUGGCCCGAUGGAAGAGCCUCCCGGGAAGCCCCUCAGCUUUGAGGAGAAGGAAAAGUUGAAGGAAAAACUAGCAUUCUUGAAAAGGGAAUACAGCAAGACCCUGGCCCGCCUUCAGCGUGCCCAAAGAGCUGAGAAGAUUAAGAAUUCUAUUAAGAAAACAGUGGAAGAACAAGAUUGCUUGCUCCAGCAGGAAAUUUCACCACAGCUAAACCACUCAGAACCUAAAAAUAAGGUAUCUCCUUGUGACACGUUACAGAUCAACACCCAUCUGGGUGAGGAACCUGGAGAAAAGACACCUAUCACACUUGACGCGGAGCGUGAGUCCUUUAACCCCAGACAUGGCCCCAUGGAAGGAUUACGCAUACAAAGAACGGAUGAUAUCCAAGAACAUUUUCCCUAUAGAGUCAAUGGCCCUGAUGGUGAGAGAAGGCAGAGUAAGCUGCCAGGGAGAACUAAGCAGCAGAAGAGAACAUUUAUUUCAAAGGAGAGAGAAUCCUUCUUUGACACUGAUUCACUUAUACUCUCUGGAAAAAGACUAAAGGAACAGGAAGAUAUCAGUAGACAAAAUCCUAGGACACCUGUAACUGAAAUAAGAACUUACUUUCCAAGUCCUCAGUCUGACAUUCCAGAUUUUCCAGCACCAGUUACAGAAAUUAACGUAGGGAGUGUAUUAAUUCCAAAUGCCAAACCACAAAGAGGUGUCGAGGCACUCUUAAGAGGAAACAAUUUCCCCAGAGCGACUACACUGCCUUUGCAUACUCCAACAGAUAGCAGUAAUGGUCAGCGUCUUGAACAUAAGCCUUCCAAAGGUAACUAUGAACUUAGUGCUCACAGUUUAAAAAAUGUUAGCCCUGUUUCACCUGUAAACUUAGAGGCACAAGGCAAAAAAAUGACCGUCCUUACAGAUAACCCAGAGGUAAAUAAAGCUGUAAGUGCAAGUGGCCAGCUGCUUAGAAGUCCUAACUUAGAGGCAGAUAAUUCAUGUUCUGUAAAUGAACUCACUUAUGAUAACUUAUCAGCAAAUGAAAACCAAAACUUCAAAGAACAAAAUCACCCAGAGAAGUCUUUAAAAUCUCCCAAUAACACACUUGGUGGUAGAAAUGAAAGUAUUCAGGAAAAUGAGGUUCUAAGUCAAUCUAAGAGUCUUAGCCCAGAAAUAAUCUCUCCUGAUUCUACGGAAAAUCAAACACAUUCUUGCACAAUGCUUGAAGGCCUUCUGUUUCCUGCAGAAUAUUAUGUUAGAACCACACGACGCAUGUCAAGUUGCCAGAGGAAAGGAGCUCUGGAGGUUGUAAUUCAGAGUCAUUUGGGUGUCAGAAAGAAAGGAUUUAAAAAUAAAAAGGAAGCUACUAAAAAUUUAAACUCUUCCAAUGAAGAAACUAACCAGAGUGAAAUUAGGAUGUCUGACACAUGCACAGGACGACCAAAUUCAAGAAGUCCUCGUCAGAAACUUCUGUCAUUAACUGAAGUCACCGCUCCUGGUGGGCCCACUAAAGAUGACUGUUCUAGGAAGGCGGUUACCCAGCCAUCUGGUAGAAGACACAGAGGAAGAAGAAAGUCAACCUGCACCCCUGUAUUAGAUCAUCGUGAACUAUUUUUGCCAACUUCCGGCACAUCAGGUGUUAAUAGGUCCAAGGAAGAAGUCGCCUUGCACAAAGAUCAGAAUGAAAAAGCAAUUAUUCACGGUAAGAAGAGGAAGGAAAGCCAUUGUCAAAAAGAGGACUCCCUUUCCUCCAGAAAUAAUGCUUAUUUAGCUUUGGAUGAUGAUGCUUUCAGUGCUCCAUUUCAGAAGAAUGAAAUGCUCAGUUUAAAGCGACUGUCAUCUUUCCUCAAAAUCACAGACUUUCAGUUACCUGAUAAAGACUUCGGAUCUCUUAAACUUGAAAAACUGAAGUCCUGCUCAGAAAAGGAAAUUGAGCCUUUUGAAUCAAAAAAGUAUGGAGAGGGGCAUCUUAAAGAGGAAAAUUUUAUUGUUUUGGAGGAACUGACUCCUGAGCAGAUCAAUAUAGAAAUGGAGGACUUGGAAGAGGAACUGAUUAUUUUACCAGAAAAAGCACAUCCUAAAAUGCCAAACUUAAAAAGCCAGCCUCAGAAGGGCCUGUCUUCAUCCAUAUUACUUUUCACUCCUUUAAAUACUGUUACACCGGAUGAUAACGAGGAACCAGCAGCAGACGUGUGUUCGCCUGCUUUCCCCAUCUUAGGUGCUACUCCAGCUGUUGGCUCCCAAGCACACUGUGACAGAGUGUCUGCGGGGGCUGUUGGACGAACUUGCUCUACACCCCAGCUUUCUCACAUGAGAGCCCCAGUCAGUCUUGCUACUGAUCCUAAGCAGUGCAGCAGGUGGACCAGCCCACCAAAAUUGGACAGCAGCCUGCAUGUGUCAAGAAGGAAAGGAAAGCCUUCCUGUGACUGUGAAUCUGGUCCCCAAGCGACAUCUCUGCUCACUGAGUCACUCACUCUCAAAGAAAAUCAGCUCUGUGGAAAUACAUGCCUGGAAUCGUGGAAACAGCCCAUUGACCAGACAGAGACAGCAGACCUUCCUGCUUGUGACAGCGUGAACCCAGGCAGCCUACAAUUGGUUUCAAAGUUAAAGAAUCCUUCAGGUUCCUGUUCUGUGGAUGUGAGUGCCAUGUGGUGGGAAAUAGCUGGUUUGAAAGAGCCAUGUAUCAUAACUGCUUGUGAAUAUGUAGUUUCUCUUUGGAAACCUCUGGAUACUUGGCAGUGGGAAAAAAUUUAUUCCUGGCACUUCACAGAGGUUCCCGUAUUACAGAUAGUUCUAGUGCCUGAUGUUUGUAAUCUUGUGUUUGUGGCUUUGGGAAAUUUGGAAAUCAGAGAAAUCAGGGCAUUACUUUGUUCCUCUGAUGGUGAAAGUGAAAAGCAGGUACUCCUGAGUUCUGGAAAUAUAAAAGCUGUGCUUGGCCUGACACAGAGGAGGCUAGUCACUAGCAGUGGGACCCUUUGUGAUCAACAAGUAGAAAUCAUGACAUUGGCAGAAGAUGGAAGAAGCAAAGAGAAACACUUUUUGAUGCCCCCCGAAGAGACUAUACUAACUUUUGCUGAGGUUCAAGGGAUGCAGGAAGCUCUGCUUGGUACCACUAUAAUGAACAACAUUGUUAUCUGGAAUUUAAAAACCGGCCAGCUCCUGAAAAAGAUGCACAUCGGUGAUUCCUACCAAGCUUCAGUCUGUCACAAAGCCUAUUCUGAAAUGGGGCUCCUGUUUGUUGUUCUGAGCCAUCCUUGUGCCAAAGAGAGUGAGGCGUUGGGAAGCCCUGUGUUUCAGCUGAUUGUGAUUAACCCGAAGACGACCCUGAGUAUGAGUGUGAUGCUCUACUGUCUUCCUCAAGGCCAGGCUGGAAGGUUCCUGGAAGGUGACGUGAAAGAUAAUUUUGCAGCAGCAGUAUUGACUUCUGGAACAAUUGCCAUUUGGGACUUACUUCUAGGUCAUUGCACUGCUCUCCUUCCACCUCUCUCUGAUCAAAAUUGGUCUUUUGUUAAAUGGUCAGGUACAGAUUCUCAUUUGCUGGCUGGACAGAAAGAUGGAAAUAUAUUCAUAUACCACUACUAAUAAGUUAGGGUAAGGUGAAAACACAGUGUUCUGGACGCAUGUGGCCACUUAGUACUUUUUGGAGUUGUAACUGUAAAGGAGAAUAUCUAAAUGACAUUUAAAAUAAUUACUUGUAUUCAUUCAGACAGACUUACUUUUUAUUCUGAUAGUGAUGGCACUGCUGAUCUUGAAUGUUCAUUUAUAUUUACUUUGGGGGAAAGGAUUUUAGGUUCAUUUUUGUAAUUCCUCACAUUUGCUUCUAAAGGUGUACAUAAAGCUUCAAAUGUUAAUAAAUAUUUAUUUUGAUACAUU